AGUAUCAUCCAUCAACUCCCAAACUAUAACCCUAAUUAAAAUAGAACCUUAGCUUAUUAACCAGAAGAAGAAGAAGAAGAAGCUAUAAAUAUAUAAUAUAUAGUUGCUCAUAUAUAUAUUAUAUUAUUUUAUAUAUAUAGUGAUGAUGAUGGGUGAUCUUCCUCCAGGAUUUAGCUUUGAUCCAACAGAUGAAGAGCUUGUUUUAUAUUAUUUGAAAAGUAAAAUAGCUCCGAAUUUGCACUUCAAUUUCAAUAAUAUUCCUGAUCUUGAUUUCUCUUCUUCUCAUCCUUGGGAACUCAAUGAGAGGGCUUUAUGGAGCAAAAAUCAGUGGUAUUUUUUCAGCCAAGUGAAGGAAAAUAUUAUUCGAGCUACAGAAAAAGGAUAUUGGAAGGAAUUAAAUAUGAAUGAGCCAAUUAUACUCAAAAAAAAUUGUGGAGAAAAAAUAAUUGGAACAAAGAAGUACUUUGUAUACUAUAUUACUACUAAUAUUCCUGAACAAGUACAAACUAAUUGGAUUAUGGAAGAAUUUCAUCUCUCUAAUUCCUUCAAGAAGAGAAAAAAUGAGAAGUUAUUGGAAUGGGUUGUAUGUAGAGUACAUGAAUCAAAGAACAAUGCUGAAGGAAUAAAUUGUGAUGAUGAUGAUGAUGAUGGUGAAGUUGAGCUAUCAGCUUUGGAUGAAGUCUUUUUAUCAUUGGAUGAUGAUCAAGAACAAGAUGAAAUUAGUUUUCCAUAUUAAUUCGAUGCUUAAAAAUGCAGAUCGAUGCACUACAAUGUUCGAAAAAAAGUCCACUCACAAAGAUCUAUUAGAAGCUAAGUAAUAUCAAUAUAUGCAUAUGUAUAUAUGGUGUGCAUGAACUAUAGAUCUUAAGUAAUGUUGCAACACAUAUAUAGUCUCCCAUAUAAAUAUACUUCAAAGUGAAUGUGUAGAUAUAAAAUAUUAUGUAAUGUAAUAGUUUAACAUAUAUAUAUAUAUAUAUUGUAUUG